AUGAGUGGUCUCGCAGAUCCUCCCUCCAGGAAUACCUUCGGGCCUGCGAAUGCUCCCGGCAAGACUCGAAACAUCCCGGUCCUAUCAUCCUCUGUUCACCAUUCCCCUGUCGCGAUGGAGAUCACGCCCCCUUCCUCUACUGCGGUGGGUAUACCGAUUCACGGUCUAGAAGGCGACCGGGGCGCAAUGAAUACUAAUGGCUCUGAGGGGAAUUCGAGCAAUCCCCCCAACCCGGCCGUUGGGGCUGCUGCUGCAGCCCAGCAACCUAAAGUCGUACAGACCGCUUUUAUUCACAAGCUUUACAAUAUGCUCGAGGAUAACAGCAUCCAGCACCUUAUCUCUUGGUCAAACACCCACGAUAGCUUUGUGAUGUCCCCAACUUCAGAAUUCUCCAAGGUCUUAGCCCAGUACUUUAAGCACACGAACAUUUCGUCCUUUGUCCGGCAGCUGAAUAUGUACGGCUUCCACAAAGUGAGCGAUGUGUUUCAUACUGGGUCUCCGGACUCUGCUCUGUGGGAGUUUAAACAUGGAAAUGGCAAUUUCAAACGGGGCGAUCUGGCUGGCCUGCGAGAGAUCAAACGUCGCGCAUCCCGGCAUGCGUUGAUUCACCGCGACUCGUUCCCUGGCCAUAAGGCUGCUACGUCACAACCAGGCACCCCUGCGGAGCCUGUUCCUGAUGCGACAGAAGCUAGAUUGAUGAAUCUGGAGCACUCCCUCUACGAUAUGCAUAAUCGUCUAUCCCGUGCUGAAGAAGGCAAUAUCGCGCUCAAUGCGAGAUGCCAGAGCAUGGCUGAGGGUCUAGCCCAAUGCUAUCAUUGGACCCAUUCUAUCUCCCGCUUCCUCCAAGCUGCUGUGCCUGAUAGGGAGAACCCUCUGUACCGUGACAUCUCGAACAUCCAGCGAGAGGUUGAGAAACAGCUUGAAACAGUGCGCGCUGUGGAAACAUCACAUGAAAAUCUCAUGCCACCGCGUCAGGCUUUCUUUGCGAAUAUGCCCCUUGAAUCUGGGCCACCCUUAUCUCCUCGGCAACUACCACAAGAUGAUGGCCGACGCCAGUCCAUGAUCCGGCCACCCGUUCCGCCACAUCUUGCGGUGUCGCCGCGUCGCUAUGGCUCCAUUGGAGGAGCCAACCCCGCACCUAAUUAUGUCCGGCCACAAGCACCCCAAGCUCCCCAACAGAAUCAACCCGGACCCUCGCAUUUAUCCAUAUCGACACCCCCUGGGCCUAAUCUCGGUCGCCGCCACACUUUUGCGGACAUCCGCCAGCAUGAUUGGCCGCCUUCGGGCACUUCUCCCUUCCCACCUGGCAACCCGCCUAGUGGACCUUGGCCUUCAUCUCCCAACCGAGUGCCGGGUUCCAGCGACCAGCAAGUCCGGGAUGUCCUUGCUCAGUACGAAAUGGGGGCUCCUCGACGUCUUCAAGACCAAUCGCGCCAUGCCACACCACCCGGCGCUGCCGAACCAUCUCCAUCCUUGCUCAGUGUUGACAACGGGUGGAACAUUGGUGGCUCUAGGUUUCCCCGCCAAGAAUCCUCUUUGCCAGCAACCCGUCGCUCUAGCAUGGCAAGCAACGUUCAUUCACUAUUGAACCCUGCAGAUACCGCCGAGCGACCUGACGAAGAGCAACAAAUGAGCGAGGAUCGCAAGCGAAAACGCUUGGAAUAG